AAAGCGCUCCGUCGCGUCCGUGCGCGACCACGGUCGGGCGCGCGUUUCGGGCUCGGGCGGAGCCGAAGACGCGGGAGCUGAGCAAGGACCCGCGGGCUGUGCAGUGUUUGGAGUGGCUUAAGGGGUAUUGGUUAUCACGGAAGGAGAAGCUUAGCACAGACGCAGUGUGCCAUGUAGCGAGUGCACCUAUGAUAAUGCGUUUUAGAAAUAGAUGUUAAACUUUGGUUUGAAAAAUGUCUCUCAGUCCACCUAUGUUUCUCAAAGAAAGGGAAGAAAGUAAUUCAAAAUUUGUGGAACUACAACAAUCCCAAACUACUUCCAUAGCUGCAGAAGAUCCUCUUCAAAACUUACGCUUAGCAUCUCAAGAAGUUCUUCAGAAAGCUCAGCAAAGUGGAAGAUCAAAAUGUCUUAAAUGUGGUGGUUCAAGAAUGUUCUACUGCUAUACAUGCUACGUCCCAGUUGAAAAUGUACCCAUUGAACAGAUGCCACUUGUGAAGCUUCCACUGAAGAUCGACAUCAUUAAACAUCCAAAUGAAACAGAUGGCAAAAGUACUGCUGUACAUGCAAAACUCUUAGCACCUGACUUUGUAAAUAUUUAUACGUACCCUUGUAUUCCGGAAUAUGAAGAAAAGGACCAUGAAGUUGCACUUGUUUUCCCUGGACCUAAGUCUAUCUCAAUAAAAGAUAUUUCUUUUCAUCUGCAAAAAAGGAUUCAGAAUAAUGUUAGAAGCAAAAAUGAUGACCCUGACAAGCCAUCUAUUAAACGCAAGAAAAUUGAAGAACAGGAUUUGAAUGACAGCAAGUGCAAAGUGACAACACUGAAGAAAAUUAUAUUUAUAGAUAGCACCUGGAACCAAACAAACAAAAUAUUCACUGAUGAGAGACUUCAAGGGUUGUUACAAGUUGAGUUGAAAACAAGAAAAACUUGCUUUUGGCGUCAUCAAAAAGGAAAGCCAGAUACCUUCCUUUCUACAAUUGAAGCCAUUUACUACUUUCUGGUAGACUACCAUACUGAUAUAUUAAAAGAGAAAUACAAAGGACAAUAUGACAAUCUUUUAUUUUUCUACUCUUUUAUGUACCAGUUAAUAAAGAGUGCCAAAUGCUCUGGAGACAAGAAAACAAGAAAACUUACUUAUUAGUUUUUAAGAAGCCACUUAUGUCAUUUUAUUUUGCUAAAAUCAAUAAACUUGUAAUUGUGCUGUUUAUUCUUAAAAAUUA